AUGGAGCCGGAGAGCGGCGCCGGCCGCCUCGCUUUCCGCGGCUCAUACAGCCGCUCCCGGGAGCAGGGGAGGCCGCAAACGAGAGAUCUGGUGCGCGGCGUCUCCGCUGGGCCGCGGAGGCCGACCGACCCGCCCUCUCUUCCAGGCCUGCGGGGCGCGGACGCCCGCCUGGCCGCGGGGGUCGUCGCGCUGCGCGCGCUCAACUGCGCCCUGGUGCGCACGAGCUUCGUGCCGGACGAGCACUGGCAGAGCCUGGAGGUCGCACACCGCCUGGUCUUCGGUUAUGGCUACUUGACGUGGGAGUGGACGGAAGGACUGAGGGGUUACACCUACCCCUUGCUCUUUGCGAGCAUCUACAAGAUCCUGCACCUGCUGGGGAAGGACAGUGCUCGGCUGCUGAUCUGGACGCCCCGACUUGCCCAAGCCUUGCUUUCGGCAGUGGCCGAUCUGAAGCUCUACUCGCUGGCACAGGGACUGGAAACCCAGAAGGAGGCCAGAUGGGUGUUUUUCUGCCAGCUGUGCUCUUGGUUUACGUGGUACUGCUGCACCCGGACCCUCACGAACACCACAGAGACUGCUCUUACUACAAUUGCCCUUUCCUACUAUCCUUUGGAAGGUGCCAAGUCUGUGCACAGUGUGAAGUACACCUCCCUGGUGGCCCUGGCGUGCCUCAUCCGCCCCACGGCCCUCAUCCCCUGGGUCCCGCUGCUCCUCAGGCACGUGUGGCGGGAGCAAGCCAGGCGCCGUCUCAUUCUGCACAGCUUUUUACCCAUCGGGUUUGUAACCCUGAGUCUGUCUCUGGUAAUUGAUCGUAUUUUUUUUGGCCAAUGGACGCUGGUGCAGCUCAACUUCCUGAGGUUCAACGUGCUGCAGGGCGCAGGCAGCUUCUAUGGCUCCCACCCGUGGCACUGGUACUUCAGCCAAGGGCUCCCGGCCGUCCUGGGCCCCCACCUGCCCUUCUUUCUCCACGGCUGCCUCUGUGCCCCGAAGCACACCAUGCCGCUCCUGGUGACUGUCCUGUGGACACUGCUCGUGUACAGCAUGUUGGGCCACAAAGAAUUCAGAUUUAUUUAUCCAGUCUUACCGUUCUGUAUGGUGUUGUGUGGACACUCACUUGCCCGCCUGCGCGCCAGGAGGAAGACCGCGCUUGGCUUCCUGCUUCUGUCCAAUGCACUUCUUGCCCUCUACACGGGCCUGGUCCACCAGCGGGGCACCCUGGACGUUGUGGGCCACCUCCGGGAAGUCGGCUGUGGGAGUGCCAACCUGUCCGCUGCCUCCGUGUUCAUGCUGAUGCCGUGCCACUCGACACCCUACUACAGCCAUGUGCACUGUCCACUCCCACUGCGGUUCCUGCAGUGCCCUCCGGACCUGGCCGGGCAGAGCAGGUACCUGGACGAGGCAGACACCUUCUACCUGAGCCCCGUGGACUGGCUACAGAGGGAGUUUCCAGACGCCACCUCUCUGCCAGCUCGCCUGGUCAUCUUCAGCUCUUUGGAGGAGGAAAUCCGUACCUUCCUAACUUCAAGGAGUUACAAGAGAACUGCAGUUUUCUUCCACACUCACUUCCCAGAGGGCCGAACUGGAAGCCACAUCUAUGUCUACGAACGCAAGUUUGGGGUGGCACCACGUGGACUGGACUGGGUUGCCAAGCACCAUGUGCUUGGAGAAUCGCAGAAAGAUCCACGCUAACAUGUCUAGAACCCAAUAAAAACCUGUGCACUUCC